UCGAGUUUUCAGAAUCUAAGUCGAACUCCAUAUUUCCUUUGCCAUUGAACACCCCAAAAUGCAGAUCUUCGUCAAAACCCUAACAGGGAAGACCAUAACACUAGAGGUUGAAUCUUCGGACACCAACGACAAUGUCAAAGCUAAGAUUCAGGACAAAGAAGGCAUUCCACCCUACCAACAACGUCUCAUUUUCGCCGGCAAGCAGCUCGAAGAUGGCCGCACCUUAGCUGACUACAACAUCCAAAAGGAAUCAACCCUCCACCUCGUCCUCCGUCUGAGGGGUGGCGCCAAGAAGAGGAAGAAGAAGACAUACACCAAGCCCAAGAAGAUUAAGCACAAGAAGAAGAAGGUCAAGCUCGCGGUGCUACAGUUUUACAAGGUGGAUGAGUCCGGGAAGGUUCAGAGGCUGAGGAAAGAGUGCCCUAAUGCAGAGUGCGGCGCCGGGACUUUCAUGGCUAACCAUUUCGAUAGGCACUACUGCGGUAAGUGCGGGCUCACUUACGUUUACCAGAAGGCUGGUGGGGAUUGAGUGGGUUCAACCUUUGGUUCGGCUCGUUUCAAAGAAUGGAUCUUUAGGUUAUUUUCUAUAUGGGCAUUAAGAUUUCAUUAUCAGUGAUGGUUGUAACUUUAUUUGAUACAGAUAAUUUUGGUAUGCUUGAAUAUGUUAUAAUUAUUGGGAUAUGAUAUUCGGAGCUUUGAU